AACCCAGUAGUAUAGCUAUUUAACUCACAUAAUAGCUAUAAUCAAAGUCAGUGCUAGAAUAAUUACGAAAGCAACGUCAUAGAAACACGUAAAAUGGCGGAGUUCAAGGAAGCAGACGCCGAACAACUACACCAGGAGGACGUCGAUAUAAAAGGUGGGGAUGGAGGCUCACACACACUGGACCCAGAGGAGAGCCAGCCAGCAAAAGAGGAUGUUUCUUCAGCCAGCAGUACUGUGGUGAAGAGUGAGGCAUUGGUGGGAGACAGUGAUGCAAAAUCAUCAAUCACAACCAGCGACCGACAUAUAUCAAUCCAGACCAAACUCGAGGGCCUGGAAGGGCUGACUGAUCUAAAUGGAGCUGGGAGGAAGGCCUGUCCACUUUGCCCUGAGGAGAAGUUUAAGGCCUGCUACAGCCACAAGCUUCGACGCCACCUCCAGAACCUCCACUGGAAGGUGUAUGCAGAGUUUGAAGGUCAGAGAAUGUGCAUUUGUCACCUUCCCUGCAGGCAAUUGAAGCCCAGCCCCAAUGGCGACCAAGCACCGGGCAGGCUGGGGGCCCAUUACCACUGUGUGGUAUGUUCUGUGACCAUCGCUCGCAAGACAGACAUGAUCAGUCACCUGAAACGCCAUGUUAACAAGGGCGAGACGGAGGCCAGCUACUUGGGCAGCUCUGACGUGUCCUUUGAAGAGCCAGCUCCGUCCGGACUGGCCUUUGAGAUCAUGAAAGAGCUGGGGACCAACGUUCAACUCAUGCCCAACCACACAACCCCACAGAAAACUGACACCUACUUCAACCGCAAGAUGAAAACCAACAGACAGCUUGUAUUCUGUUCCCUGGCGGUCCUGGCUGAGGAGCGCAACCCGUUGGACUGUCUGGAUGCAUUUGGGGCCACGGGCAUCAUGGGGCUCCAGUGGGCCAAACACCUGCGAAACGCCGUCAAGGUGACCAUAACGGAUGUCAACGAGGCUUGUGUCAAGAUGAUCCGUGAGAACUGCCAGCUCAACCACAUCCGGGUGGAGGGUUCGCGGGGGUCCUCACGUGUCCCCGACGGGGGGGCGGGGGGGGGCGUGGAUGGGAUGACCAUUGCAGCUGUGGAGGUGGCCAAGAUGGACGCCAACGUCAUCAUGCACCUGAGGCCUUUCGACUACAUUCAUCUGGACCCGUUCGGCACGGCGGUCAACUAUCUGGACUCAGCAUUCCGGAACGUUCGUAACCUAGGCAUCAUCUCCGUGACAUCGACGGACACCAGCUCGCUCUACUCCAAGUCCCUCAACGUCACGCUGCGCCAUUACGGCUCAAACAUAGUGCGCACGGAGUACUACAAGGAGCUGGCGGCCCGUAUGGUGUUGGCUACUGUCGCCCGGUCCGCAGCACGCUGCAAUAAGGGCAUCGAGGUGUUGCUGGCCGUCGCCUUGGAACACUUCGUCCUUGUGGUGGUUCGGGUCCUCAGGGGUCCGACCCAGGCGGACGAGUCAGCCAAGAGAAUCAGACAGCUGAUCCACUGCCAGUGGUGCGAGGAGAGGGUGUUCCUCAAGCAGGGGAGCAUGGUGGAGGAAAACCUGUACAGACAACUGCCGUGUCACUGCCACGGGAGCAUGCCUGGCAAAACAGCCGUGGAACUGGGGCCGCUAUGGUCUGGUCCUCUGUUUAACACAGGCUUCCUGAGGAGAAUGCUCUUCGCAGCCGUUCAGCACAGUAUGGACGACAUCCAGCCGCUGGUGAAGACUCUUAUUUGUGAGUCUGAAUGCACCACCCUAAAGUCCUCUGUUCAUGGGACUGCUGCACUCACUAACCAAGUAGAAUGUGGGGUAGUCAUCAAGGUACAGAAGGUGGAUGAGUGCAACACCUCUGACCAUUCAGGAAAGAGGAAGACAGGAGAUGAGCCAGGUAACGUGAUGAAGAAGCUGAAAUCAGAUGCCUCUCUGGAGCACCCAGCUUUCUACUACAGUAUACACCGACAUAGCAUCCGAGGCAUGAAUAUGCCAAAGUUGAAUAAAUUCUUGCAGUACCUGACAGAGGCAGGUUUCAGAGUGAGCCGGACCCACUUUGACCCGACAGGGGUGCGAACCGACGCUACGCUGGACCAGUUCAAGGCUGUGCUCACAAAAUACAGCGUGCCUACUUACACCAAUAGUUCAGCAACUCAAAACCCAGAGGAGACGCUACGGGUCGUGGAGUAACUCAGCCCUAUGGAGAACCAAAGUCAAAACACAUCUCUCUGUCUCCAGUUCGCUACCAUUAACUAGGGCCCAUAUUUAUGUAGAGUGGCAUUCACUCUCUAAGUAGGGACAAUGGUUCUAAAGAGUAGCACACUCUAUAGUGGUUUAAAUGUUCCACCUUGUUUUCCUAUAUUCCAGUAUUCCUGACUUGUAAGCUUUUUAGAAAUGUUCUCUUAGAAAAGAAUGUAUAUACAGUAUUAUUGCAAUACAAAUAUACUCUCCUUUUUUUAAUAGAACAUUUUUGAUGUUGAUAGCUGUCACGUCUCCCUCCGGGCUGCCUCUCCUGUUCCGGGGCAGCUCCGGCGCUCGACGUCACCGGCUUUCUAGCUGCCACCGUUCCCCUGGUCCUGUAUUCCGGUUUCUCAGCACCACACAACAUUGUCUUGAAUGCACCAUGGACUGUCCUGUCCAGUGGCGUAAAUAAAGGUGGGCUGGACGUGCAGUUGCACCCGGCCUGCCGUGGGGGUCGUGCUCGGCCUCUCUCAAACAAAUAUUUUGUAUUUUAAUUUGAUAUUGUUUGUUUCUAUGCUCUUGUCCCAGUCAGACAUGAUCCUCAUGUCCCAUCAUUACUAAGUGUAGAUCUGUUCCCUCUGCUCCCUUAUUCCUUUUGCGUUAUUGUUUGUUACGUGUGUACUUUGUAUGCUGUUGUGACAGUACCUUUAUUCCAGGCACUGACCUGUUUCUUGUGUGGUUUUAUUCACAUAAGACCUCCCUCUGUAACUGACCUCACUGUUCGCAAGUGACUACUUUAUUAAAAAACCUGUGCUCCGCCUCCUGUGCCUGGCUCCCUCCUUUCACCAUGCUAAACUAGCCAAACUGAGCCGACAGUGAGCGUACAUGUAUUCUGCCUGCUGACUGAUAUUUAAUAUUCUUGUGAAUUCAUUUACAAGUUAUGUUGAAUUCUUAUAGGUAAAAGA